ACCCAAAUAAACUCGCACAAACUCGCUCAGCCGCCGCCGUCCCUCACUGCGUGCGGGACCGCCGGGCCGGCAGGGGGCGCUGCGCCGCGCGCUGCCCUCGCCGCUCCGCCCCCUCCUUUCCGCCUUCUCGGACGCCGCCAUCGCCGGGACGCCGCGCCGCUCCGCGCCAUGUCGUCGCAUAAGACGUUCAAGAUCAAACGCUUCCUCGCCAAGAAGCAGAAGCAGAACCGGCCUAUCCCGCAGUGGAUUCGCAUGAAAACCGGCAAUAAGAUCAGGUACAACUCCAAAAGGAGACACUGGAGGAGGACUAAACUGGGCUUGUAAGAGAAGGUGUACCGGGAGCUCUAAUGAACACUGGUCUUUCUGUGUCAGAUCGAUAACACCCUCAAGUCACUCCUUCUGUGGUGCUGGACUGCAGUCCCCAGUGUGGGGUUUUUAUAAGCUGGUCUGGGAGAUGUUGAUGUUAACUGGGAAAAUCUUUGUAUCUGAAACAUGCAGACUGUGUUCUAUUAGUGUUCUUUCAGGCAUCACCAUGAGCAUUGACAGUGCACAGGCUUACUAAUAAAUAUGGACCUGAA